ACCGUCGAACCGAUUGGACUGUUGACGUCGAACGAUCUUGAAAAGGCUAAACGCGCGAAAUACAUAACGACACACGCGUAUAUAUAUAUGUGUAUAUAUAUAUAUAUAUAUAUAUAUAUGUAUAUAUACAUACAUGCAGUUUUCCAGUCGAUCAAACGAAGUCAACAUCGAGAAUAGUCGGUAUAAUUUUUGAUUAGAAGAAGAGGACGAAGACGAAGACGGAGGACGAAAUAAUAAAAGAAGACGGGAAAGAAGAAUAAAGGAAGACAAAGAAAAGGAAGAGGAAGAAGAAGAGAAACGGUGGAAGAGUUUUUAAAAGAAAUAUUUUUUACUUUGCAAAAAGUCUACUCGUAGAAAGGUGUUGAAUUUGUAACACCGAUUUUCGAGUUAACAACGAUAAUUGGAUUCGACGACGAGUAGUAAUACCGAUCGACCGAGAGGAGACGUCGACGUUGAAACGAACGCGACAAAAGCUUUCCCCCUCGUUUUCUUUUUUAUUUUUACGCUCUAAGGAAGCACGAAAAGGAAAGCGAGAAAAAAGAAAAACGACUUACUUUUGAAAUACGGCCGACGGUUCUAUAAUACGGGAAACGAAUAUUAUUUCCUCGUGUUCGUACGUUAAAGAAAUUGUUUUUCGAGAAUCGAAAUAAUUAUAAGCGUAGUUUAACAAACAUUUUCUUUUCUCUUAUUCUUCUUUAUUUUAUUUUUUUUCUCUCUCCUCGCAACCAAUACCACCACCAACACCAUCACCACCAACACCACCAACAACAACAACAAUAACGACAACAACAACAACAACAACAACAACGACGACAACGACGACGACGACGACGUUAACACCAUCAACAACACCGUUAACACCGUCAAAGUCGCCGUCGCCGCUACGCCGACACGAAGUUCUCAGAGUCGUUUUGAACUUUCUAGAGACGAAAGGCGCGUGGAGUUUCGUUUGAAAGAGUGAGAGGGAGUGAGGGAAAGAAAGAGAAAGAGAAAGAGAGAGAGAGUGUGGGAGGGAGAGAGAGAGAGAGAGAGAGAGAGAGAGGGAGAGGAAGGCAAAGGAUAAAAGAAGAAAACGAGAACGAGAAGGAAAGAGAAGGGAGAAAAAUAUAAUAAAAUAUAAAAAAGAAGAAUUAAAAAGGACUCUGUACGUAUAUUGUCGUAACUGCAACAACAACAACAACAACAACAACAACAGAGAUGGCGUUUAUGAUGCCUGUGAUGAAAAAUGAGUGGGACAUUUAUAAAACCAAUCGAAACCGUAGAUCUUCCGAAUGUUCGAAUCCUCGUGCCUGUCGCAGUAGAAAGGUAUCGGAAUGUUCGAAGUCUGCGGGUCCGUCAUUGUCUACGUCACCGGGUUCGGAUUUUUUAACUUCGCCAGCCCAUCGUUCAAUACCCUUGACUUCUCGACAUUUUUCAAGAGCAUCCUCGAGAGCGUCUCAGAGCUCGCUACAGAGCCCGAGCAAAAGUACCGGCUCCUCACCCCCAAAGACCGGUAGUUCGAAUUCCCUCAACAAGUUUCACAUUUGUCUCGUCGAUAAGCUCAAGAGAAGUUUGAAGAAAGGCGACGACGAUGAGGAAGAUCAAAGGAAUCUAUCAUGAAACAGCCCUGGGGUUUCGAGACGGACACGGGUGUCCGUUUCGAAACCGAUCGAGAUCCGUCGAACUUCGGCGCCCGUCGCGACAUUCGAGCCGAAUAGCGAAGUGGUGGCGCGAUCGUGUCCGGAUCAGCCUUCGGCGUGGUAAAUCAGAGGACGGGGGAGAGAGGGGAAGGAAAAAAAAAACAGAAGAAAAAAGAAAAGAAAAAACAAAAGUAAAAAAUAAAACGAAGAAGGAAAAGUAAAAAAGUAAACGAUCGGGAAUAGGAAAAUUAGGGGGAAAGAAAUGUAUAUGUAUGUGUGGCAUGUUGGGAUAUAUUAUGUCAGCUGCCGGAUGGAAUGAUAAUGAAGAAACAAGAAGAAGAUGAAAAAAAAAAAAGAA